AUAGGAACUAACAACAUAAAACUGGAUUUAAUGGAAAUGCGCAAUAAUUCGCACUGUUUUUGGACACACUGGGAUAAUACGCUUAAUUGCGGGAAUAUCUGACACAACGAAAGGAGCUGAAUCCAAGGAUCAUCUCUGAUAUAAGGAUUACGUUUAAAAGGAUUACAAUUAUGAUUGCCGCCUUUUAUUGCUUAUGUCUCAUCUCAGUAUCAGGUGCGGUUAUGGAUCUGACCCUGAUCUCCAAUGCUGAAGCGGCCUCCGUCUCCGAUUUCUUCCUCUCUUGUAUCUCCGGGGAGCGCGACGCCAGCAAGCUCGAACUUCGGAUCCAGAAGGACAACACCAUCCUCCUCCUUCCCUCCCCACCCCGCUUCAAAGUACAAAGGCCCAGAAGCCAGGAGGCAAGAGCCACAGGCUUUCAUAGUCUUGAUAUAAUGGGCAUGUUUACCUGUGACGCGGUCCAGGACUCAAGGGCUCUCAUGAAAGUGACACUAAUCAAUAAUUUUGCCACAGCUUCUUUAGAACCAAAGCAGCUUUCAGUAACAGCCAACAGAGGAGACACAGUACAGUUGGCAAUGGACAUCCUAGCCAAAGAAAGGAGGGACAUCACAUGGAAAUAUAAAGGAAACUACUACCACACGACAGACAAGGGUGAGCUCUCCAAUAAUACAGCAGUCAUGACUCUAGAGAACCUGACACAGAGUCACGCAGGGAUCUACAGCGCCUGCUUCAUGGGAGAUAGUCCGAUCUAUGGUGCCUGGAUGAGGGUCAUUGUUCGAGCCUGCUCAGAUAAGAAAUGGGGAGUCGACUGCGACCAGGACUGCCCUGAGUGCCUGAACGGGGGUGUGUGUCACGACAAGGAAGGAGACUGUAUCUGCCCACCCGGCUUCAUGGGAAUGCGAUGUGAGACAGCCUGUCGGGAGGGAAUGUUUGGAAAGAACUGCCAAGAACCCUGUCGAUCAACAAUGAAUUGCAAAGGAUUGAACUUCUGCCUCUCUGAUCCCUAUGGCUGUUCCUGUGCUAGUGGAUGGCAUGGGCCCCGCUGCAACAAAACCUGUGAUAAGGGCAUGUAUGGAGCUGGUUGUCAGCUGAGCUGCAAAUGCAAGAAUGGAGGAGUGUGCAACCCAUUCAGUGGUUGCCAGUGCCCCACCGGCUGGCGUGGGCAGAACUGUGAGAAAUCAGAUCGUGUACCCCAGAUCCUGGACAUGCCAAGCACUCUGGAGUGGAACCUGAACUCCAGCCCCAAGAUUCAGUGUUCUGCCACGGGAAACCCUCUUCCCAGCCACACCAGCAUUGAGCUACGAAAGCUGGAUAGCACUGUUCUCAAGGCCUCUCGCACGACCAUGGAUUCGAACAAGAGCACAGCCCAGUUCGAGAUCCCUCAUCUGUCUUUUGAGCACGGGGGAUUGUGGGAAUGCCGAGUCUCCACCAACGGGGGACAGGACACACGCAAAUUCAACCUCACUGUCAAGGAGCCUCCCUGUCCAAUAACCCCUCCCAGACUGCUGGAGAAGAGGAGUAAACAGCUGGUGGUCAGGCCUGUGGACUCUUACAAAGGAGAUGGUCCCAUUGUAUCUACCAAGCUCCUCUACAAACCCAUGGAAACAGGAGACUCCUGGUCCUCCAUCAUUGUCUACAGCACAGAGCCCAUCACCCUGAUGAACCUGAAACCCUCCACCAGGUAUCUUGUGCGGGUCCAGCUCACACGCCCUGGAGAUGGAGGAGAGGGAGCACCUGGACCUGAGGCUAUCAUAGAGACAGACUGUCCAGGGCCAUCCUCCCCUCGUAACGUGCAGGCCGACCCUCUCUCCAUCAACGCUGUACGUCUCAAGUGGCAACCACCAGAAGACCCCAAUGGUGGCAUCAUCAAGUACAUCAUUGAGUACCAGCCUGUAGGCCAGGGCAGCCUGCAUCCUUGGGUGGACACUGACGAUGGCAACAAGACUACCAAAGAUGUCACAGCGCUCAACGGCAGCACACUCUACCAGUUCCGUGUCCGAGCGUUCUCCAAAGUACCUGGCGAGUGGAGCAAGUUUGUCCAAGCCUGGACUCCGGGGGACGGUCCUCCCAGCUUCACCCCAACAACACAGGGGGUUGGGGGCCGUCCAGGAAGCGAAAGGUUCCAGUUGCUGAUGGCUGUAGUGGGCUCAGUAAUGGUCACCUGCUUUACCAUCUUAUUCGCGCUGUUGGGGCUCUUUUGCAUCCGCAAGACAUUGCUCAACCGCCGACGAACUUUCACCUAUCAGUCAGGAUCGGGAGAGGAGACCAUCCUGCAGUUCAAUUCUGGAACCCUGACGCUGACUCGGCGGCCCAAGCCUCAGGCUGAGCCCCUCACCUACCCUAUACUGGAGUGGGAGGACAUCAAAUUCGAGGACGUCAUUGGGGAGGGGAACUUCGGUCAAGUUAUAAAGGCCAUGAUCAAGAAGGACGGCAAUAAAAUGAGCGCUGCCAUCAAGAUGCUGAAGGAGUUUGCAUCAGAAAAUGACCACAGGGACUUUGCUGGUGAACUGGAGGUGCUGUGUAAACUGGGCCAGCACCCCAACAUCAUCAACCUUAUUGGAGCCUGCGAAAACAGGGGGUACCUAUACAUUGCCAUUGAAUAUGCCCCCUAUGGGAACCUGUUGGAUUUCCUGAGGAAGAGCAGAGUCCUGGAGACUGACCCUGCCUUUGCCAAGGAGCAUGGCACUGCCUCCACCCUCACCUCCCAGCAGCUGUUGCAGUUUGCUGUAGAUGUGGCAACAGGCAUGCACUACCUCAGUGACAAACAGUUCAUUCACAGGGAUCUGGCUGCCAGGAAUGUGCUGGUGGGCGAAAAUCUGGUUGCUAAGAUCGCUGAUUUCGGACUGUCCAGGGGGGAAGAGGUCUAUGUAAAGAAGACUAUGGGAAGAUUGCCUGUACGGUGGAUGGCUAUAGAAUCAUUAAACUACAGUGUCUACACCACAAAGAGUGAUGUAUGGUCUUUUGGGGUGCUUCUGUGGGAGAUUGUGAGUUUAGGUGGAACCCCAUAUUGUGGGAUGACCUGUGCAGAGCUUUACGAGAAGCUGCCCCAGGGAUACAGGAUGGAACAGCCCCGGAACUGUGACGAUGAGGUGUAUGAGCUGAUGAGACAGUGCUGGAGAGAUCGGCCAUAUGAGAGGCCCCCUUUCUCCCAGAUCUCUGUGCAGCUCAACAGAAUGCAAGAGGCCAGGAAGGCAUAUGUGAACAUGGCGCUCUUUGAGAACUUCACCUAUGCUGGAAUUGAUGCCACUGCUGAGGAGGCCUGACUGCCGGCUCCCCUGGACCCUGGUAGCUUUUGUAGCCUAACCAAGUCGCAAAGUGACAGGAAGUCACGUUACUGCCACCCACCAGA